AUGAUUCGCGAUCAAAUCAUACUUAACACACCAUACGAUCAAGUCCGCGCAGCCGCUCUUCAAAAAUUACAACCAUCACUAGAAGACGUACUCUUAAUAUCUGAAACAUACGAGACAACAACAAAAACAGUAGCAACCAUCAAAGAGAAUACGAAUUCAUCCACCAUGCAGGUGAACGCAAUGCAGACACGCAAAAAUUGGAAAAAAACAACUAAAGAUGAAACGAAAAGAGAACAGAACAUAAAUGCUAACGUAAUGAAACAAGUGAAAUUGAAGUCGUGUGCAGGUUGUGGCAUUUCGCACAAUAGAGAAGAAUGUAAAUUUCGUAAAGCGAUAUGUAAUAAAUGUGCCAAAAAAGGACACAUUGCUGCAGUUUGCAUGUCAAAUCAGAGCAAAAGUAUUAUAAAAAGCACAACGAUUCCAGAGCGAAAAUGGAAUCAAAACAAACAAGAAAAUGAACAAUAUUUUAGUACCUUGGAUACAGUGAACAUUGUAAAUGGCAUAAUAGAAGAUGAAGCAAAUAAAAAGUGUAUCAAUUUAGAAAUCUCUAACAAAGUAAUACAGUUUCAAUUAGAUUCUGGCGCAACCGUUUCAAUAAUCAAUUUAAAGACGUAUAACAUAUUGAAUAGACCGAAAUUAGAGAAGUGUACAAAAACAUUAUAUGCAUUUGGACAGCAGCCUAUUCCAAUAUUAGGUGAAUUGCACACUAAAGCAAAGUGUGGAAAUAAGCAAAAGCGCAUUGCACUAUAG